UGUGUUUGGCUCGUCCAUGAGAAGUUUAGCACUGUUUCUUCUCCCGUGUGUGAUCGCGGUGCUGAUUCAACUCUGGUGGUGGUUGCUGAAAGAACAAACCGAAUUCUUCUCGUAUGCCAAGGAUGCAGGUUUCUUCACUUCUUCCAAGUUGCUCGCUGGCGAGUCCAAAACUUACAAGUAGAGUUUUAUGCAGAUUAGGGGGCGGGAUAAAAGUCUCCAUUGGUCCACUGGUUCUCAACUGACAGGCCUUCUGUAGCCAAUUAAUAAAGUGACGUCACGAUUCCCGGCAUCAGGAGGCCGGUAUAUGAAGUUGUGGUUGGAGUUUUAUCGGCCAGGCAUCACCAUGAUCUGAGGGCGGCCAUAAGAGGCACGUGGAUGGGGUACCUUAGAGACCAUCAUGACUUCCAGAAGCGGGUCCUGGUGAAAUUUAUCGUUGGUAAACAUGGCUGUGCAAUACCUGAAGAAGAUCGAGAGGAUCCAUAUUCCUGCACCCAACUGAACAUUACAGAACCAGUGUCCAUGCAGGAUGUGACCAUUCUAAGCAAGCCUGACGCUUUGGUGCCCUCUGAUGUCUCAGCCAUAUGCUUGGAUUUUAAAGUCCUCCACCCUGUAGUGAUCACGAAACUGGGUGCGUUUCCCAGUGGCCCACAGAAGGAUUUCAGUGGGAAUGUCACAGUAAAAUUAUUUCCAGUGGACCAAACGGAGCCAGUUGUGACUGCUCACCUUACUGCCCUGAGUCCAGGUGUCUAUGUGGAGGGGAUCUGGUAUAAAGCUGUGGAACAGUUCGUUUUGCCCAAGGGUUUCGAGGGUUAUCUGUUAUGGGAGAGCCAGGAUCCGGCAAGCUUAAUGACUCUCAAUGUUUCCAAGGUUCAGUUCAACACUGGUGGAGGAGUGAUCAAGUUGGGAACUAUAGAAGAGGGCACCCUGCCUCACAGAAAUGCACAUGGUUUUCCUGGGUUAGCUGGAGGAUUAAUUUUCUCUAUUUAUGAUGUGGAAGGACUUAAGGAAUGGCUGCAUGGUCGUGCAGAUAGACAGAAGGCUCUCAAGGCCAGGCUAAGAGUGGAAGAAAAAGCCCUACAGGAGGAAAGUAGCAUAUAUGGGGACAUUAUAUUUGUUGAUGUUGUGGACACAUACAGGACUGUGCCUUAUAAACUGCUGUACUUUUACAAAUGGGUGGUGAAAAAUGCUGACUUCAGUCUACUCCUGAAGACAGAUGAUGAUUGCUAUAUCAACAUGGAUGAAGUAUUAAUGAACAUUGACUACAAGAGCCUGAUGCGCAGCAAUCUGUGGUGGGGAAAUUUUCGCCAGAGCUGGGCUGUGGAUCGUGUAGGGAAGUGGCAGGAGCUGGAGUACACUAGUCCUGUCUAUCCAGCCUUUGCAUGUGGCUCUGGGUACGUGAUUUCCAGAGACUUAGUGGAGUGGUUGGCCAGCAAUGCAGAGAAGCUCAAAGUUUAUCAGGGAGAAGAUGUGAGCAUGGGAAUCUGGAUGGCUGCAGUAGGGCCUGAAAAAUAUCAGGAUGCAGGCUGGCUGUGUGAGAAGGAGUGCUAUGUGGAUAUGCUGUCAUCACCACAGCAUACAGUGAAGGAGCUACACUUUCUCUGGGAUCAGAAAACAGUUUGUGGGGAUCCAUGUGGCUGUUCUUGAAGACUUCAUUAUGCUCAUCCCCUCUUUACUAUAUAUUCACUUGAAAUCUGUAACACUUUAUUUUAAGGGCUUUCAUAAUUCAUUUAUAUGUAUUGCAGAUUAUUUUCAUAAACCAGUCCUGGAGAGUAUAUGGAAGCUUGACAAUUUGGGUGACAAUUUUUAUGCAUUUGGGGUGACUUUCAAGAUUAUUGUAUCAUUCAAUACUUUUUAUCUUUAUUUUGCAUGCUAUUUUUAUUCACAAAGCUUUGAAUGGAUAUUCCUUUUCUUAUAUUAAAAAUAUUAUGAAGCACCAUUUCCUAAAGUCUCAGUAGUAUAGUCAAUAUAAUGAAUUCUUGGAGGAUUUAAAAAUAAUAAAUAAAAUUGCAAUUUAUCAUUUACACUACUAGGCAGCAUUAAGGCAGUCGAGCUGGUGCUGAUGUUUUACAGCUCCAGACUCUGAGGUUUGAUCAUGAUCUCAGGUUACGGUCUCUGUGGCGUUUCAUAUGUUCCAACCAUGUCAAUGUGGGUUUCUUUCUACCUCCCAGUUUGGUUAUUGUAAAUGGUCUAUAGACGUAAAUGUGCAAUUAAUGAGAAAUUUGUGAAAUUUGAUUGUGAUAACAGCAAGAUAAUAAUAAUCUUAGUCAUAAUGGUAUAUAAUUAUAAUUUACAUGCAAGAGAGAAAAGAAGCUGCAAAGCCACUCAACUACAUAAUCCCUUGCCACAUUUGACAAGUCUUUCAUAAAUAUUCCACCCUUAUAUAAAUUGAUUUACAAUAAUUUAUCAUGAUUAUACAAAGCUUUUAAAAGCCCAGUGUAGCUACCAUUUAAAUCUUUAAAGAUGGAUUUACUCACAUUUUUGAUGGGUGAUAUCAAAUAUAUGAGGGUGUUUAAAUUGA